CAAUAAGACGGUGGUCGCCGUGACGGCUGUGAUUCUGCGCUCAACAAACCGAACAAGCAACCAAUUGGGAUCGUCUACAGCUGGACUGGAGCUCUCAAGACCAUUCUAAUAACAUAAUGAGCACUACCGUCCCACCCACCCUUGUGGAAAUCUCCGCCCAGGGCGCAGAAGCUUUCGUACCCCUCUACUACAAAGUCCUGGACACAAACCGCUCCGUAAUCGGCCGCUUCUACCGCCCCACCUCCACCAUAAUCUGGAAUGGCCGCCCUUUCACCCUCGAAUCCUUCGUCAACGAAUACGCGACCCGUCUCCCCACAACCAAACACGAAGUCCAAGUCAUCGAUGCGCAGCCCAUGAUUGGAACGGUUGCUACUGCGGCGAAUGGGUUGAUGGUCAGUACGAUUUUGGUGAAUGUAAGUGGGACGGUCAGUUAUGGGGGUGAGAUGCAGGUUAGGGGGUUUAGUCAGACGUUUGUGUUGAAACCGGAUCCGGAGAAGAUCGGGACGUAUUAUAUUGGGAGUGAUAAUCAUCGGUUGGUAGUGUGAAGAGAAAGUUUUGCGGAACGGGGGUUCUGGUGAAACGGGAGGAUGGACUGCACUGAAGCAAAACGAGGUGCGGGUGGGUGGGCAUGUCCGGGGUAGUAAAUGAAGGAUGGACAAUGUUCAGGCAUCAGGAGGUGAGAGGAUUGAAGGCGUU